AACAUGAAGACGGUGACGUUUCUAUUAUUAAGUGUGUUAAUAGGUUUAGCGGUUGCUGAGGAACCCGAGGCGCCGUUAGCUGAAGAAUGUGACAAGGAACUUUGUGAACUACCGAAAUGUAGAUGCUCGUCUACCGAUAUACCUGGAGAUCUAGCAGCAAGAGAUACCCCACAGUUCGUUCUUCUCACUUUCGAUGAUGGCGUCAACAUUCGUAAUAUCGAGACCUACCGUGAAAUCCUCUACCGGCGCACCAACAAGAACAACUGCCCCGCCAGUGUCACUUUCUUCGUUAACCACGAAUACACUGACUACCAGCGUGUCAAUGAACUAUACAAUCAAGGUUUCGAGAUUGCCCUACACUCCAUCACUCACCAAACUCCUCAAUCGUACUGGGCUGAAGCAACCUAUGAAGAUAUGAUGAAGGAAUUCGGAGACCAGAAACGUCAGAUGUCGCACUUCGCCAACAUUCCCUCAGAUGCCAUACAAGGAAUCCGAAUUCCCUUCCUGCAAAUGACUGGAAAUGCCAGUUUCCAAGUAAUGGCAGAGACUGGUCUUCGGUAUGACUCUACGUGGCCAACCACUCGCUUUACCGACCCCGGCAAGUGGCCAUACACAUUGGACUACGCGUCUACACAAGACUGCGUCAUUCCUCCUUGCCCGACUGCGUCAGUUCCCGGAGUUUGGGUUCUCCCGAUGAUAAGUUGGACAGAUCUCAAUGGAUUCCCUUGUUCUAUGGUCGAUGCUUGUGUAUUUGUGCCUCCUCAUCAUGAUGAAGAUGCGUGGUUUAAGUUCAUCCUCACUAACUUCGAGAGGCAUUACCUCGGUAACCGCGCUCCUUUCGGCUUCUACGUCCACGAAUGGUACAUCUCUGCCUACCCCGGGGUCAAGCGAGCGUUGAUCCGAUUCUUAGAUCUAAUCAACAGUCUAAAUGAUACGUUCAUGGUUAGCGCUGGUGAAGUUAUCGACUGGGUUGAGAAUCCAGUGCCGGUAAACGAAUACGUGAAGAAGGAAUGCAAGAGUUUCACGCCUACGAAUUGUCGCGCCACCAGCUGCGGACCUCUCACCUCAACACAUACUGAGAUGAGUUACUGGAUGCAGAUUUGUAACACAUGCCCGAGAGUCUACCCCUGGCUAGGAAAUCCUCUUGGAGAAUAA